AUGACUGAUAUAGCAUCGGCCGUCUUCCGAAGUGUAAAACAUUACCGUCUUGGCAGCGUUAACGUAAACAGCGUGGAAUUACACAAACAUACAGUGCCGCUAUUGACGAAUCGAGGACGAGCGACGUACGUAAAAAUGUGGUACUCAGGUGAAACCUCCGCACACAGUGACUGUAGCGAUGCAGGUUCGGGAGUACGAAAAGGAGGAGGCACUACAGAGUUUGGCGACAGAUCACCAGCGUACACGUUCUCCGGUACCCCGUCGUGUGACGAGUUCAAUAGGGUGUCGCACGUUCAAUCUUGGGUUGAUAUCACUAGCUGUGCGUCACCGAUAUCUUUCCAGAGCGCCGACCGUGUCACUCCAGUGCCGUUCAUAUCGUCCGGCGAAGAAUACUUGAGACUGCUGAAAGAGGCUCAAAGAGAGAGCAACUCUUCGUCUAGAGUCUUAUCCAAAGAAUCGUCCAUAAAGGGCAGUCCAAAAUCACCACCAAACAGUCCAAACAACGAAUUGGAAGACGAUCUCAGGGGAGUGUACAUAAAUUAUUCAAACAAAGGUGGAGAAUUGUACAACUUGGAUAAGAGUACUGAUUGGAUAUGGGAUUGGAGUAGCCGACCAGACCAGGCACCUCCCAAAAACUGGAAAUUCAUUCAUCCCAAGAAGAAGACAUACAGUAUGCGCAAUGCCAAGGUUGGCAAAGAUGGUCUCUUUUCCAAAGAAGUUUUGUACACUUUGUUCCUGACCAAUAUUUUAUCCAUACUGUUGGGAGCUGGUGUUGGUGCCUGGCUAUGUAAACGAGGCGGUAUUAUGAUGUCUAGAGUGACUUUGGAAUAAACUGUCUGUGGAACAUAACAUAUGCACAUACACAUGCA